UUGAAUGAUGUCUUUGCUGUAAAGGCUUCCACCAAUGGCAUGGUGAGCUUGCAGAAUGCCCAGUCACAGCAACAACCUAUACUUUUGCCUCCCACACGCAACCGACUCUUUAACAACUUUCCAAAUGUGGAUGCGCAGAGUCACUCUACGAAUGCCACUGCAAGUGCUCCUUCUAACAACAUGACAGACUACUUGAUGCAAACAUUGCAGAUGAAUGCAGUCAAUGCCUCAGCACCUUUCCCUGCUGCCAACCUCAGUACAGCAGAAAACAGCAGCUCUCUCCUCAUGGACCUCCUUAACUCACCAAGCUCUGCUCAUCCAAUCAACCCAUUGGAUCUGGACUUUGAUGAACAGAUGCAAGAUGUAAUUGCUGCUCUCGGAGAAGACUCUGAGUCCCUGACGAAUGAUGAAGACAGUGAUGGAUCAAUCUUUGAAGGUGAAGGUGCAACUGGUUACUCAUCUAGCUCAGAUCAAGACAGCUUCAAGGGUGCAACUGGAGGAUAUGGUUUUUCAAGAGGUCACGAGCGGCAGUAUGGCAGUGAUUCAAGCAGUAACAGCUACAGUAGUCAACCCCCUAAGAUGGAGAAUGUGAAACACAACCAUUCAUAUGCUGCACCUUCACAAUCUCAGAUGCAGAAUGGCAAUGGUGCACAAAACAUGAGCCACAAUGGAACAAAUGGCAGCUCCAAGUUAAAUCGAGAUGAGAAACGUGCCAAGGCUUUAAAACUUCCACUCUGCAUUGAAAAGAUCAUUAACCUUCCCGUUGAUUCUUUCAAUGACUUGAUUAAAAAAUACGAGCUCACAGAUCCUCAGAUGCAGCUUGUCCGUGAUAUCAGGAGGCGUGGGAAAAACAAAGUCGCUGCUCAGAAUUGCCGUAAACGUAAAAUAGAUGCCAUCCAGUUUGUGGAAUCAACAGUUGGUGAGCUGAGGAUGGAGAGAGACAAGCUGGUGAAAGAGCGUGAUAACAUUGACAAAGAAGUUAGUGAGAUGCAGCAGAGAUAUGCAGAACUCUGUGAAGAAGUAUUUUCUUCAGUUCAAGAUGAGCAUGGGAGCCCAGUUGAUCCCAAUGACUAUACGCUGCAACAGAUGCCUGAUGGUACUGUAUACCUUAUCCCUCGCAAUAGCAAUCAAAGAGACAGAGAUGAGCAAUCAAUGUAAUCAAGAAUCACUUCACUUAUUUCAGAGACUGUUCAAGCUGUAAUAUGCUUAUGAUUCCAUGCUAUCAAAUUUUUUUUAAUUUUUUUAUGUCACUAUUUGUUGGCAGUGUAUCAUUCUUUCUUUGUUAUUUUCACUGUUCUACCCUGAGGAGUGAGGGAAUGAAUAUUUCUCUAUUUGGUAUCAUUACAAUUAUCUAGAUAUACCUGUUACAUGUAGGUGCAAGAGGCAAAACACAAAAUUCAAAGACCCAAAUUACUUAACCUCCCAUUUUCUGUAGUGCCUUUCCUGUUGUAUACUUCUAUUUUUUUUUUUACAUUGUUUGAACUAUCCCUUUAAUCACAACCAUUGUGAUUGCAAAAGAGGUCUGCUUUCCUCUUUCAGCUUGCAUCAUCAGUGUUCAGUUUAUUUCAAGUUAUUUAAACCACAAAGUUUAUAAUUUUUUUUGUUUUAUAUUGCUUCAAGGCUUAUAUUACACAUUCAUGUACAUGUGGGUCCAUUAUUUGAAUGUAUUUUUCUAUAUUGUAUUUUUUUUGCAGAAAUGUGUUUUGUUUUAUAUCUGUUGGUCGCAUUACGCACAUGCUUCAAGCAUGAUUGCUUAGUUGUGUUUGAUAGUCCAGUGUUUUCCUAGGGACAGCUGUAGCUAAUAGAAAGCAAGAUUGGUCGGCCUGGGAGGGACUAGUAAUGAUUGUUGUGCCUCUAUCAAAUUACUUCUUACUGGAUUAGAAAUAUCAGUUAUUGUAAUAAAUCAUCUCACACAACAUUAUUAUGGUCAGAGAAGUUGACAGGACAGGAUAUAAUAUUUGUAUUAUUUGUGAAUGAUUCUGAAUCUUUCAAGCCAUAUUUUCAAUCGAUAUACAAAAGCCUCCUAUAGACACAAGAAUACAUCCCCUUAGCCUUUCAAUUUUCUGUGGUCAAGGGGAAUAUGACAUGAAAAUUUGAAGAUUUAUUUAAUAUAGCAAAUUAGAGAUAAUGAUCAUUUUCAUCUUGCUUUGACAGGCUUCUCUUCUGCUUAGCUAAAUGUGUCCUAUAUUAUUGUGUUAACUCUUGUGAUGUACAUAUUUGUAAAUAGCUAAAGAAAGAUUAUUAUGCAAUGGAGUUUUCCAAUAAUAGACGAUGAUAUUUGACUGAAAAAGAGAAGACAAGACUUAUUUAUGACUAGCUAUCCAGUAGUGGAAGGAGUUCAGAUAUUCUUGUGGGAUGAUCAUGGCAUUUUUUUUCUUCAUGUUUUUGUUGGCAAUCCGUUCAUUGUACCCACUGGUUUACUACUAAGUUUUCAGGGGUUUGUAUGUACAUGGGUAACAUACCCAUGAAUAAGUGAUAUGAAUUAACAUUCAUGAAUUACUUCUGAUGAAUGAUUAAUACAUGUAGGAAAUGUGUAAAUUUUAUUUGUCUGUACAUGUAGACUUUGUCUCUAAACUUAAUAUUUUCCAGUUUCAACAUUUGGUACAAAUAUAUCACAUGAUUGAAUAUUCAUUUUGUAGAUGUACAUGUAGAAAAGAAGGCCUGCUUGCAUUUUGUAAAUGAGGAUUUUUCUCCUUUAAAGCUUUAUCUGGACAUUGAGAUUUGAAUUAAGUUUUACAUGCAGAUUUUAUGCUUUAUUAUGUCGUACUCAAAAUCAGAUUUUGCCAUUUUCACUUUCAAAAGGACUUCAUUUGUAUCCGCAGAAAAGAUUUUUGCAUGAAAGAUUGCAUUUGUUGAAUAAAAUAUUUUAUUAGCAAGAGAAGUGUUGAUAACAGAAAAUCCUGCUAUUGUUGUACAUAUACAUAUUGAUUAUUGCAGAGAGAAAGAGAAAACCAAUAAAAUCUUUAAAAAUA